UCUGCACGCUAAAAUAAAAAUCUAUAUAAAAACCCUACGCUCUCCGUCGUCUUUCCAGUCUCACAAAUUUCUUCGUAUAAAAUCUUCCUCAAGGGAAAAUUUUCUAUAAAGCUCUUCAGGAAAAAAAAUAUUUACUAAAUCUCGAAUUCGAAGAAACUCAGCCUAGGGUUUCCACACCCUUUUCUAUUUUAGCUCCCACUUCCAGAAAAAAAAAAAAAAAAAAAUCCGAUCCCUGUUUGUAGCACAAUCGCUAGAAUCCUUACUUCUGGGUAAGCCCAAAGAUUCGCGUUUUUUCUUUUCUCUUUCCGCUUCAAAAGCUCACACGGGAAGAGAACGGUGAACCGGAGCUAGCUUCGGACCCGGCGGCGAUACUAAUUUUGAGGCAUUGUUGACUUAUGCAAUAAUCGGACUGGAUUUUGAAUCUGGGUUUUAGGGGUUUUUUUACUGGGUUUUCAGAGGGAUUAACCAACAAUGGAUGACCUUGAGAAGGCGAUACUGAUUAGCUUUGAAUCUGGUGCCGUCGAUUCGGCGUUACAGUCCCAGGCUAUUAGUUAUUGUCAGCAAAUCAAAGAAACUCCAUCUAUAUGCAGUAUAUGCAUCGAGAAGCUCUGGUUCUCUAAGCUCGUGCAAGUUCAGUUCUGGUGUUUGCAAACGCUGCAGGACGUGUUAAGGGUCAAGUACGGAUCCAUGAGCUUGGAUGAGCAGAGUUAUGUGAGGACGUCUGUUUUCUCUAUGGCGUGUUCGGAGGUUGUUGACAAUGAGAAUGCUGUGAGGGUUGUGGAAGGACCGCCGUUUGUGAAGAACAAGCUUGCUCAGGUUUUGGUUACUUUGAUUUAUUUCGAGUACCCUUUGAUUUGGUCGUCGGUGUUUGUUGAUUUCAUGCGUCAUCUUAGCAAAGGCCCUGUUGUGAUCGAUAUGUUUUGUCGGGUGUUGAAUGGUUUGGAUGAUGAGCUGAUUAGCUUGGAUUACCCUCGGACGCCUGAAGAGAUCUCCGUGGCUGCUCGAGUCAAGGAUGCGAUGAGGCAGCAGUGUGUCCCUCAGAUUGCUAGAGCAUGGUAUGACAUUGUGUCAUUGUACAGGAACUCCGAUCCUGAUCUUUCUGCUACUGUGUUGGAUUGUAUGAGACGAUUCGUAUCUUGGAUUGACAUUGGUUUGGUUGCGAACGAUGCGUUUGUUCCGCUUCUGUUUGAAUUGAUUCUGUCAGACGGAUUGUCUGAUGACGUCCGCGGCGCAGCAGCUGGGUGUGUCUUAGCCAUGGUUUCUAAGCGGAUGGAUCCCCAGGCGAAACUGCCUCUUUUGCAGACCCUUCAGAUAAGUCGCGUCUUUGGUUUAGUGUCGGAAGAUGUUGAUUCCGAACUUGUGUCAAAGAUCUCUGCUUUGCUUACUGGCUAUGCUGUUGAGGUUCUAGAGUGCCAUAAGCGGUUGAACUCAGAGGACACCAAGGCCGUCUCGAUGGAUUUGCUUAACGAAGUUCUGCCAUCAGUUUUUUACGUCAUGCGGAACUGUGAGGUGGAUUCUACUUUUAGUAUCGUCCAGUUUCUCUUGGGUUACGUUUCAACUCUCAAAGGCCUCCCUGCACUAAAGGAGAAGCAACUGCUCCACAUUACUCAGAUUCUCGAAGUGAUUAGAAUUCAGAUUUGCUACGACCCCAUGUAUCGUAAUAACCUUAAUUCACUGGAUAAGAUUGGGUUGGAAGAGGAAGAUAGAAUGUCCGAGUUUAGAAAAGAUCUCUUUGUCUUAUUACGUACAGUGGGACGUGUUGCUCCUGAAGUUACUCAGCAUUUCAUUCGAAACUCUCUAGCAAAUGCUGUUGAGUCGUCGUCCGAGAGAAAUGUCGAAGAAGUAGAAGCUGCACUUUCCCUUUUGUAUUCACUUGGAGAGUCUAUGACGGAGGAGGCCAUGAAAACGGGAUCUGGAUGUCUGAGUGAACUAAUUCCGAUGCUCUUGACCACACAGUUUCCUGGUCAUUCUCAUAGACUAGUUGCACUAGUGUACUUAGAAAACAUAACAAGGUACAUGAAGUUUAUUCAGGAACAUUCCCAGUACAUUCCCAAUGUUCUUGGUGCUUUCCUUGAUGAAAGGGGUUUGCAUCACCAGAACGCUCACGUAAGCCGUAGAGCUUGUUACUUGUUCAUGAGAGUCGUGAAAUUGUUAAAAUCAAAGCUUGUUCCAUUCAUUGACAAGAUCCUGCAGAACCUCCAAGAUACGUUGGCCCAGUUGACGACAAUGAACUCUGCAUCAAGAGAACUUUCAGGAACUGAAGAUGGCAGUCACAUUUUUGAGGCCAUUGGCUUAAUCAUAGGGUUGGAGGAUGUCCCAGCUGAAAAGCAGUCAGAUUAUCUGUCUUUAUUGCUUACCCCUCUCUGUCAACAGAUUGAGAAUGGACUUGUGGAGGCGAAAGUCACUAGUUCCGAAGAGUUUCCUGUAAAAAUUGCUAAUAUCCAGUUUGCUAUUAUGGCAAUCAAUGCUCUCAGCAAGGGCUUCAGUGAACGUCUUGUUACUGCGAGCCGUCCUCGAAUUGGUCUCAUGUUUAAGCAGACUCUAGAUGUGCUUCUAAGGGUUCUGAUUGAGUUUCCAAAGGUUGAGCCUUUGCGGAGCAAGGUCACAUCAUUUAUACAUCGUAUGGUUGAUACCCUUGGAUCCUCUGUGUUUCCUUAUCUUCCCAAGGCGUUGGAACAGCUACUUGCUGACAGUGAGCCAAAGGAGAUGGUUGGUUUCCUGGUAUUACUCAAUCAGCUUAUCUGCAAGUUCAACAGUUCUCUCCUUGAUAUAAUGGAACAAGUAUAUCCCGUGGUUGCUGGUAGGAUUUUCAAUGUAAUUCCAAUAGAUGGGUUCCCCUCACGCCCUGGGGCUGUUACUGAGGAAAUGAGGGAAUUGAUAGAGCUUCAAAGGACGCUGUACACAUUUCUUCAUGUGAUAGCCACACACGAUCUUUCAUCUGUAUUCCUCACCGCUAAAAGUAGGCCGUACCUCGAUCCGAUGAUGCAGCUGCUUUUGAACACUUCUUGCAAUCACAAGGAUAUUACCGUACGGAAGGCAUGCGUGCAGAUAUUUAUUAGGCUUAUUAAAGAUUGGUGUGCCAAGCCAUACAGCGAGGAGAAGGUCCCAGGUUUUCAGAAUUUCAUGAUCGAAGCUUUUGCAACAAACUGCUGUUUGUACAGUGUGCUUGAUAAAUCCUUCGAGUUCAAUGAUGCGAAUACUCACGGCUUGUUCGGGGAAAUCAUCACGGCUCAGAAGGUGAUGUAUGAAAGAUUUGGUAAUGCAUUUCUCAUGCAUCUUAUGUCGAAAACUUUUCCAUCAGCACAUUGUCCACAAGAUCUGGCGGAGCAGUAUUGCCAAAAGUUGCAGGGUAAUGAUAUUCGUGGCCUCAAGUCAUACUACCAGUCUCUUGUAGAAAACCUCCGGCUUCAACAAAACGGGAGUCAUGUUUUCAGAUAGCAUUAAAAAUACAGAUGGUUCCAUAGAAAGGUCUCUCAGGUCAAUUCUGCUGCGAGCUACCACUUCGAACUCUAAAAGGUUUCUCGAGAUGUAAAUAUCAUUGUCAAAGUCGUACUUCAGAGGCAACAAGUUGUACCUUACCAAAGAAACAUGUUAUUGGUUCUCUCUCCAAAGUAGUUUUACCCGAACCAAGCAAGGCCUUGCAAGUUCUUCGAGUGCACAACAACUCCUAGCCGAGAUAUGAUGUUUUGUUUUUCUGCCCUUUGUUGUGGGAUUCUGUCUAUAAAGCCUCCUCCUUUUGUCCUAUCUCCAAAUUUUGAUUAUGUCAUAAUUUUUUGCAUUUGAUGGUUGUUGUUUCUUGUCCAUGAAGAUACUUAGAAAACUAUGAGAUAUAAAAAAAAAAAAAAAUCAGAGGAACAUAAAGUUUUGGAUGAUUUUUGUUGUUCUUCCAUUUUAGUUAUUUAAUAUGAAAUUAUUUCA